UCCUAAUACAGCUGUGUGUCCCUCCAUAUGCAUAAAUUCAGCAGUCUGAUGCAUUUUGAGGUGCACAAGGACAUCCAAAAAAUGGACAUAAGCUGGUAGAUACAAUGCCCUGCAGCAUCCUUCCCAUUCUUCAGUGGUGCCAGUGGGCAUGGAUUUGAACAAAAAGCAGACUCCUGUCUUUCAAGCACCUGAUCCAUAUUUUCUUGAUCUGAAAACACAGCACUGGAGAUUCUGAUUUAUAUACACCUCUACUUUUUUUUAAGGUACCAUAUUCCUCACGCUGAGCUGAUUCCAAACCACAGUCACAGUGUGAUCCUUCUAUUGUAAUAUUUUAUCCUGGUUCUGACCAAGACAGGGUUAAUUUUUGCCAGGGCAAUUUUUUUGGUUAAUUUUUUUAUCAUCUCCAGGUAGAUGAUACAGAUGUUCAGGAGAGGGUUCAGUUCAUAUGAUACAGCAGUCAGGACACGGCAGGGCCAGGACUCAGGGCUUAUUCUAUGCCACCUCAAUGACAAGGGGCAAAAGAAAAGCUUUGUCUUUCACAUCAAACAGGGAUCACUCUCAAAAUCACAACACUCUCCACUGCAGAAAAACAUCUCCGCUCUUUGUGACACCCAGCACAGCCCCCCCCAAACCAACAUUCAAAUAGUCAAGAGUGGCCCCGGGUAAGGGGAUACUCAGCACAUUUACAUCCCUGCACCUGCCCUGUGCCCACAGCAGCGGCACCAAAAUCCCCCCCAGCAGCAGCAGCAGCAGCAGCAGCUCUAUAAAGCUCCUCUUGCCAUCCCUGACACUCCACCAACAGCAGCCACUGACCUGCCUCAGGCUCUGCUGCCACAGCCCCCUUGGCCAGCACAGCUCUGCUCCCCAGCUCACACCAUGGAAGCUUGUCACCCUUCAUGGAAACCCAAGGUCACUUCAUAUGGGGCCAUGGCUUUGGCCAUCACCACACUGGAGGCAUUUCCUGGCAUGUGGAUCAAUGCUUUCAUCGUUUGUGUGCUUUGCAUUGCCUGGGUCCAAAAGAAAACCCUGAAUUCUAAUGAGAAGAUCUUGCUGCUGCUGGGAUUCUCCAGGUUUUGGUAUUUGUGCUUCUCAUGGGUAUAUUGCUCCCUUUCAGUAACUUAUCCCAACUACCUUUUUGUUCAACCCACAUUUCAACUCAUUGUACUUUUUCAGACCUUUUCUAAUUGUUCCAGCUUGUGGGUUUCUGCCUGUCUUUGUGUUUUUUAUUGUAUAAAAAUUGCCAAUUUCAGGAACAGCUUCUUCAUCUACCUGAAAGUAAAAACAGACAGGAUUGUGCCUUGGCUUUUGUUGGCAUCAUUGCUGUCAGCCUUGGCUAUCAGCAUCAUUGCCUAUGACAUCGCUGUUACAGAGCUCAGUAUCAACCACAAUUCCACUGGGCAAGGGAAUUUUUCAAAAGUUAGUGGCAAAAUGGGUGAAAUUUUUUUCCAGAUAUAUUUUACCUAUGGCUUUGGAUUUGUCAUAUCUUUCACAGUAGUCAUGUCUUCUACCCUUCUCCUUCUCUUUUCUCUCUGGAGGCACAAAUGCAAGAUGCAGAAAAACUCCAUGAACAGCCUCAGCAUGGAUGCCCACAUCAAAGCCAUGAAAUCUAUUCUCUCCUUUUUUAUAAUGUAUAGUAUUAACUUUAUAUUUUUGAUUCUGUCACUAAUUCCUUCAACAAAGGAAGAAAAAUAUGUGGCACUUCUUAGUUUAAUAUUUCUGUACGCUUUUCCAGGUGUUCAUUCCCUUAUUGUGAUUUUCAGCAAUCCCAAACUGGAAAAGAUGCUGAUACGGAUUAUAUCCUGUGUCAAGUGCAAGGAUUGCAUGAAGUAGGAAGUGUAAUAAAAGCUUGAGCCCACAUAAAAUCUUGAUAUUUCAUUAUAAGACACAAGUCAAUUUAUCUCUAGGGCAACUCUCUGGGCAGUGUAGAUGAUACAGAUGUUCUUUCUUUAGCACUGAAGUUAAGAAUAAAUAUUUCAAAUUCUUUGAACCAAAUGAGUAUGAAUUAGAUUAUUGCUAGUACUUCAUUUUGGUAAUUCUUUGAGUUCAAUUCUUGUCAAUAACAAAUUCAUUUAGAUCUGGUAUGUGGGCUGGUUACAAAGGGGCAAUAGGUGUACUGCAAAUCAUCCUCAAGUGCUUUGGCAAUUGCUGAUUGAAAAAUUACUGUACUCAGCAUCAGGUUUAUUUGUGUUUGGGUUUAUAUUUCUUUCUGCUGUAUCUCUGUUUUUUGCAAUAUUAUCACUUGUAACACUGGGUGGGGUGGCUCUAUCUUGAAGAACUUGCAGUCUGAGGAGCACCCAUAUUGGAGACAUCUGAUCCUGAAGGACUGCAGACCUCAGAUGGGAUCCACACUCUAGCAGGGAAGACAGAGUGAAGAGGAAGGGGUGGAAGAGAAAACUUUUUAUGGACUGACUGCAACCCCUUUUCAAUGUCACCCUGCACCACAUCAGGGAGGAGGUGGAGAAGCUGGGAAUGAAAGAGUGAAUUUUGAGCUGUGAUGAAGAAGGGUGGAAGGACAGUUCUCUAGUUUUGUGCUUGUUCAUCACCAUCCUACUCUAUAUUCAAACAGCAAUAAAUUAUAUUAAUAUUUUGAAAUUUGAGUCUGUUUUCUCCAUGACAGUAUGUCCUGGGGUGACGUUAUGAUGCUUGUAUCCCCAUUCAUAUGUUCUGUGCCUUUAAGACUUCUCUGAAGAAUGA